UUUCCCGUUGAUUGAAUUUUCAAACAAUUUGGGUUCCGCUUUCUCUCCCUCCCAAACCCUGAUACAGAUAAACACCCAAAUUACGGCGGGAAAAUCCAAACCCCACGGAAUCGGCUACGAGUCACCGUAACCAAUGGGUGGACGCGCCAUAACCGUCCUAAACGUGGCAGAGAAGCCGUCGGUGGCGAAAUCGGUGGCGAGCAUACUCUCUCGCAACCAAGGCCUUCGAGUAAGGGACGGUCGUUCUCGCUACAACAGAAUCUUCGAAUUCAACUACACCAUUCGAGGUCAACCCUGUCAAAUGCUCUUCACCUCCGUCCUCGGUCACCUCAUGGAGCUUGACUUCGACGAUCGUUACCGGAAAUGGCACUCGUGUGAUCCCGCCGAUCUCUUCCAGGCUCCGGUUCAUAAAUUCGUUCCCGAGGAUAAAAAGGAUAUCAAGAGGACAUUAGAGGAAGAAGCUAGGCGGUGUCAGUGGCUUAUUUUGUGGCUUGAUUGCGAUAGGGAAGGUGAGAAUAUCGCGUUUGAAGUUAUCAAUGUGUGUACUGCGGCAAAUCCGAAUCUUACUAUUAAGAGAGCUCGAUUUUCUGCAUUGAUUGACAGGGAAAUCCAUCAGGCUGUGCAAAAUCUUGUCGAGCCUAAUAAGUGGUUUGCUGAUGCCGUAGAUGCUAGGCAGGAAAUAGAUCUCCGUAUAGGUGCCACUUUCACCAGAUUUCAGACCAUGUUAAUGAAAGAUGCUUUUGUCAUAGACACUGUUACAGAUGGCAGAAAUACUGUCUUGAGUUAUGGGCCUUGCCAGUUCCCUACGCUUGGAUUUGUUGUGGAAAGAUACUGGGAGAUACAAGCACAUGAACCGGAAGAGUUUUGGUUAAUCAAAUGUUCUCAUAGAUCAGAUGAAGGCGUUGCUAAUUUCAGCUGGGAGCGGGGACAUUUGUUUGAUUAUACAUGUGCUGUCAUAAUAUAUGAGAUGUGCAUCGAGGAACCAACUGCAACCGUGACAAAAGUAACACCAAAGGAGAAGCCAAAGUAUCCUCCCCAUCCCCUGAGUACUAUUGAGCUUGAGAAACGGGCCUCACGAUACUUCCGUAUGAGCUCUGAGCGCACAAUGAAGGUGGCAGAAGAACUUUACCAAGGUGGUUUCAUCAGUUAUCCUCGUACAGAAACUGAUAACUUUUCUUCAAGGACCGAUUUGCAUGCAAUUGUGCAAGAACAACAAGGGCAUCCUGAGUGGGGAAUAUAUGCACAACGGUUGCUGGACCCUGGGGCGGGACUUUGGAGAAACCCUAGAGGUGGUGGACAUGAUGACCAGGCUCAUCCACCCAUCCACCCCACCAAAUUUUCUGCUGGAGAAUCAGGAUGGAGUCAAGACCAUCGUAAACUGUAUGAGUUGGUUGUUCGCCACUUCCUGGCAUGUGUCUCAAAGCCGGCCUUAGGAGCUGAAACCACAGUGGAAAUUGACAUUGCUGGUGAACGAUUUUCGGCAUGUGGGAGGGUGAUUCUAGAGAGAAACUACUUGGAUAUCUAUAUCUAUGAUAGAUGGGAUGGAUCAAUGAUUCCGAAUUAUGCUAUCGGUGAACAGUUCAUUCCAACAACAUUGACCCUUGAUCCCGGAAAAACUAAUCCACCACCUCUUCUUAGUGAAGCGGAUUUGCUGAGCCGUAUGGAUAAGGAGUGCAUUGGUACGGAUGCUACGAUGCACGAUCACAUCAAGAAGCUGCUUGAUCGAUUUUAUGCAACUAAGGAUGCAAACAUGUGUUUCACACCAACUAAUCUGGGUGAGGCACUUGUUAUGGGAUAUGAUGACAUGGGGUAUAAACUAUGGAAACCAGAUCUUAGAGCAGUUAUGGAACGAGAUAUGAAGUCAGUCAGUGAAGGGAAUAAAAGCAAAGCUGAAGUUUUGGAUACUAGCUUGCAGCAGAUGAAAACUUGUUUCUUAGAUGCAAGAUUAAAUAAAGUUAAACUUUUAGAAGCUAUGGCAAUAUUUUUUGAAAGAUUAAAUAGAGUUGGCAGUGAUGAGCAGAAUGGAACUGGGGUAGUUGUUCGACGGUGUAGACUUUGCCAAGAAUCAGAUAUGGUGCUAAAGAAAAAUCGAGAUGGCAAUUUUAUGGUUGGAUGCCGUAGUUACCCUCAGUGUAGAAGUGUUGUCUGGCUCCCUGGAUCAAUAUCAGAAGCGGUUGUGACCACCAAUGCUUGCAACAAUUGCACUCCUGGUCCUGUUUACCUAAUUCAAUUCAAGUUUCAGCAGCUGAAAAUACCACCAAGCUACAAUGUCAACCAUUUGGGUUGCAUUGGUGGCUGCGAUGAGAUUCUUACACAGUUGACAGAAAUAUGUGGUACCGGCUCCCGCAUGCCAGCAAGAGGUCGAGGACCUACUGCAUCAACCAGCAACGUCCAUCAUACCAACCCAAGGUCUACUGCAUCAACCAGCAACGCCCAUCAUACCAACCCAAGGCAAGCAGUUUGUUCGCACUGUCAAGAAACAGGGCAUUCUUCUAAUGACUGUCCUUCACAGACUCGACGCUCCAGGAAUCCCCAAUAUCCUGGAAUGAACCAACAAAAUGGGGAAUCUUCUGUUGCAUGCAGCUCGUGUGGAACCCCGUGUGGUUUGCAAACUGCAAAUACAGAUAGUAACAGGGGCAGGGAUUUCUACUCAUGUCAAACACAGGGGUGCAGAUUCUUUGUAAGAUGGGUGGAUGACCUCAACAAUGGCAGUGAAGGAAGAAGUUUUCCACGUUCAAAUAGUACUCCAGCAUCCAACCGUGGUCGAAAUGGUGGCCGUGGAUCUCGUGGUAGGGGUCGCAAUGGAUCUAAUUCUUCUAAUGGGACAUUUGUGUCAGCCACUGGUGAUCCUAUUUCUGAUAGAAGGUGCUAUACAUGCGGUGAUCCAUCUCACUUUGCUAAUGUUUGCCCCAAUCGUGGUGGACUCUGAUGCCUUAAUGAUUCUUAUCAGUCAUAUAGAAGGAAAAACUUGGUGUUUUGCAUGUUUUUUUUGAAGCAGUGAUACAGACAUAAUUAUGUCAAAUGUAGCAUGCUUAUUGAAAACCAUGAAUCAUGAGUUCAAUUGGAUCUUUUUGGUUAAGGGGAAGAUAUAAUCCCCGGAUUCCAUGACUUAUGGAAUACUUAUACAUGUUUCACCGGAAGCCAUUUGAUAGUGAUGUAACAAAUAGGUAUUAGGACACUUUGAUUCCUGUCAAAAUUCUUUCUUCAGUAGGUCAUAUGUAAACUUUUUAACAUUAAAUGCUUUCUUUAAUGCAUAUGGGAUGUAUAUA